GCGCCGCGACCCCCGGCCCGGCCGUGCGGCCCGCCGGGGCCAUGGCGAAGAAGAGCGCCGAGAACGGCAUCUACAGCGUGUCCGGCGACGAGAAGAAGGGCCCCCUCAUCGCGCCCGGGCCCGACGGGGCCCCGGCCAAGGGCGAUGGCCCCGCAGGCCUGGGGGCGCCCGGCGGCUGCCUGGCCGUGCCGCCGCGCGAGACCUGGACGCGCCAGAUGGACUUCAUCAUGUCGUGCGUGGGCUUCGCCGUGGGCUUGGGCAACGUGUGGCGCUUCCCCUACCUGUGCUACAAGAACGGCGGAGGUGUGUUCCUUAUCCCGUACGUCCUGAUCGCCCUGGUGGGAGGAAUCCCCAUUUUCUUCUUGGAGAUUUCCCUAGGCCAAUUCAUGAAGGCUGGCAGCAUCAACGUCUGGAACAUCUGCCCCCUAUUCAAAGGCCUGGGCUACGCCUCCAUGGUGAUCGUCUUCUACUGCAACACGUACUACAUCAUGGUGCUGGCCUGGGGCUUCUAUUACCUGGUAAAGUCCUUCACGACCACGCUGCCCUGGGCCACAUGUGGCCACACCUGGAACACUCCCGACUGUGUGGAGAUCUUCCGCCAUGAAGACUGUGCCAAUGGCAGCCUGGCCAACCUCACAUGUGACCAGCUUGCUGAACGCCGGUCCCCAGUCAUCGAGUUCUGGGAGAACAAAGUGUUGCGGCUCUCAGGGGGGCUGGAGGUGCCGGGGGCCCUCAAUUGGGAGGUGACCCUGUGUCUGCUGGCCUGCUGGGUGCUGGUCUACUUCUGUGUCUGGAAAGGGGUGAAAUCGACGGGAAAGAUCGUGUACUUCACUGCUACAUUCCCCUACGUGGUCCUGGUUGUGCUGCUGGUACGCGGGGUGCUGCUGCCUGGAGCCUUGGACGGCAUCAUCUACUAUCUCAAGCCUGACUGGUCAAAGCUGGGGUCCCCUCAGGUGUGGAUCGAUGCCGGCACCCAGAUCUUCUUCUCCUACGCCAUCGGCCUGGGGGCCCUCACAGCCCUGGGCAGCUACAACCGCUUCAACAACAACUGCUACAAGGACGCCAUCAUCCUCGCGCUCAUCAACAGCGGGACCAGCUUCUUUGCUGGCUUCGUGGUCUUCUCCAUCCUGGGCUUCAUGGCCACAGAGCAGGGGGUGCACAUCUCCAAGGUGGCAGAAUCAGGGCCCGGCCUGGCCUUCAUCGCCUAUCCUCGGGCUGUCACGCUGAUGCCUGUGGCUCCACUCUGGGCAGCCCUGUUCUUCUUCAUGCUGCUGCUGCUCGGCCUGGACAGCCAGUUUGUAGGUGUGGAAGGCUUCAUCACCGGCCUCCUCGACCUCCUCCCGGCCUCCUACUACUUCCGUUUCCAAAGGGAGAUCUCUGUGGCCCUCUGCUGUGCCCUGUGCUUUGUCAUUGACCUCUCCAUGGUGACAGAUGGCGGGAUGUAUGUCUUCCAGCUGUUUGACUACUACUCGGCCAGCGGCACCACCUUGCUCUGGCAGGCCUUUUGGGAGUGUGUAGCAGUGGCCUGGGUGUAUGGAGCCGACCGCUUCAUGGACGACAUUGCGUGUAUGAUCGGAUACCGACCUUGCCCCUGGAUGAAAUGGUGCUGGUCCUUCUUCACCCCACUGGUCUGCAUGGGCAUCUUCAUCUUCAACAUCGUGUACUACAAGCCGCUGGUCUACAACAAAACCUACGUGUACCCGUGGUGGGGCGAGGCCAUGGGCUGGGCCUUUGCACUCUCCUCCAUGCUGUGUGUGCCGCUCCACCUCCUGGGCUGCCUCCUCAGGGCCAAGGGAACCAUGGCUGAGCGCUGGCAGCACCUGACUCAGCCUGUCUGGGGCCUCCACCACUUGGAAUACAGAGCUCAGGAUGCGGAUGUCAGGGGCCUGACCACCCUGACCCCAGUGUCCGAGAGCAGCAAGGUCGUCGUGGUGGAGAGUGUCAUGUGACAGGCACUCCAGCUCACAUCACCAGCUCACCCUCUGGUAGCCAUAGCAGCCCCUGCUUUAGCCCCCACCCCACCCCUCCAAGGGGCUUGCCUUUCCCUCAUAGUUUUGGGGUCUGCCUGGGGUGGGGGAAGGGAGGAAGCACCAUGAGUGCUAAAGUAACUUUUUCCAUUUUUAAUAAAACGCCAAAAAUAUCACAACCCACCAAAAAUAGAUGCCUCUCCCCUCCGGGGCCCAUGCAUUGCUCUCAGGCCCACUGCCUGCUCCUUCCCCCACUUCCACAGGGCCCACCUCCUCCUCCCCUGCCGUGCCACCCUCAUCCGCCUCUCCAGGCUGUGCCCUAGAACACCUCUGGGUGGCCCCUCACCCCUGAAGCAGCAGUGGUAGCUUGGGGAUGGGAGGGAGUGAGGCAAAGGAGAGGCAGUGGAACCAAGGCGAAUAUUUCAGCUGCACUAGACCCCUCUUCCCGCCCCUACUCUAGAAGCUUAGAGAGCCAGCCAGCAAGGGAACCUUCGGGGGCCACCAAUAGCAAUUGUGUGCGCUGGGGUCUGAGUGCGCGGGUGCGUGACUAUGCAGGGUAGAGAGCGAGCUCUGGCUCCUAGCAAUGGUGAACACCAGACGUAAACGGUGCCUCAGCAAAGGAGGCUUGUAUUUUGCACAUUUUAUACAAACUUGAGAAAAGAGUGAGAUUUCUGCUUGUAUAUUUCUAACAAGAGCCCAAACUGUCCCUUUCCUACCACCCCCUGUCCCUUUCAGCUCCUCACCGCCUGCCCCUAGCCAAGGAGUGUGAAUUUAUAGACCUAAUUUUCAUAGGCAAAACAAAAGCUUCAAGCUGUGAGCGUAUGAGUCUGUGUGCAUGUGCGUGUGUGGUCCCCCAACCCCAGAGAGCGGUGGAAAAGUGCAUGGUGGGGGGCUCCAGUGUGUUUCCGAGCCCCUGGGGCUGGGGGCUAUAGCGUUCUGUUGCAGGGACCUGGGCUGCUCAUCUGGCUCGCUCAGGCCUGCCCCACCCAGCUCCCUGGGCUGGGUGUGACUGUCCACAGGACCCUAGAUGGGCACCACCCAGGGGAGGGGUCCCGGGCAGGGCUCCCACCGACAAGCUUAAGGCAUAGGCACUUUCCUCAUCGCAAGUCUUCCCGCGGAGCAGCUUAAACCCUCGCCUGUGUCCUGUCCCGCCCUGAGAAGCUGGGCAGCCCCCAGAAAGGCUCCCCCCCAACAUGCAGGGAUGGAUGGAGACCCCGGCUGGAGGGUGGGGCUGCUGAGGGCGGUGGGCCAGUGGGGGCGUUCUUACUGUGCUGAAAAGCCACUGCAAACCUAGCAAUAAAAACGUCAUUUUCCAAA